AGUAUUGUUUCAAGUAAAAUUUGGACAAUGGUGCUUCCUGGGGUCAUACCCAUCCUCAACACUGAGCCCUGCUUUGACUCCUGGCUUCUCAGCAGCAUGCUGUGACUGACUGAGUAAUCGGAAAGCUCAUUGUGUGUUUUCUGGUCACCUGAUUGUUUGCUUUUUGCUGCCUCGUCCACACUGUGCUGGUGUCAUCCCUGUGUAUGUUGUCAACUGCUCUGUUCUCUGGUAGCCAGAUGUCCCACAUCACUGGAGAGGGGGGAACAAAAAACAGAACAGCUACAAUAUUGUGACAUUCGCACACAUGGAGCCUAACAGAAGAAACAGGGCAACACAGAUGUAUUUACAAUAUGUUUGAACUGUUGCAUUAAUUUGCUGCUCCCAGUUGGACUGUACAUCAUGACUGACAUAAAAAGUGUCAUUACGUAGGUUGGACGAGUGUUCAGUAGAUAUCUGAGUAAAGCUGUAGGAGCCCCUUCGUCUCGUCUCCUCCAUCCACUGAAGUGAAGUUAACACCAGUCAUCCAUCUGUUUGUCUCAUUGAGAGAAGAGCGAUGGACCGCUGUCUUGUGGGCUAGAAGUACUGACAACAAGCUGAGCUCCUAAUAAGGAAGGGCAGGCUGGCCGAGGCACUCUCUGUAAAUAUCCCUCAGGUCUGACAAAGACAGAGGAAAGGAAAAGGGGAGGAAGAGGGAAGUGGAUGGAUUGCAGCCUUAUAUGGACAAAGCAGUGCUUUUCCCAGGGUUUGUGGCUCUGACCCCCGGCGUGAUGCCAGAUGCUACACAGACAGCUUCUCUGCGCCAUCCAGAGGUACAGCUAAUGUAAUGCUACAGUAGUAGGCUUCAUCCAAGUUAUUUGGCAAUGAAGACAUUUGUUUGGUAAUUAUAGGGCAACAAAAACCAAAUUGGUAACGGCCUUAAGGCGGCCUUUGCAUUUUUACCAAAUGCUUUUGCUCUGUCUUGUAGUAAUAGUUAUAAUUAUGCAUACUGCUGUGCAUAUUCUUUAAAGGUGUAUUCCUGUGAUUUUUUUUUUCUUAGUAUUGCUUUGCCAUGAAGUCUCUGGUAUGGGUCAAGCUCCAAACACACUGGAUUAUGCAAUUCCCGUAAUGCAGCUAAAUAUAUUUAAGUUGUAUGCAGCCUUUCUGUUAAAGAUUUGAAGCCUGGCAUCAUUGGAGGUCUCUGACUUUAAAAAAAAAAUGCAUCCAGGUUUCCAAGGUCCUCAGCUGGAUGCAGACUGAGGAAGUCACCGUUCAUGGUUGGUACCACGAUGGCACCAGCUUGAUCUCAUUUUUGGAGGAGUGUAUUACAUAAAAUUUUGGGGGGAUAGUGGUCAUCAGGCUGUAUCAAUAACUAAUGCUCUUCAUUUGACAUGGGAAGUAUAAAACACUGAAGUAUUUGUUCCAAAGUAAUGUGUAUAUUUGUUAGGUAAGGAGUUGAAGUGAGCCUUAAUAUAAAGAAGGUGAAAGGGAAUUUGUAGAGGGACUGGUGGGCAGAGGGGAGAUGACAUGAUUUAUUGUGGAGAGAGUGACGUGAUAGUUAUUGGAAAAGAGAGGCUGAAUAUGUAAACACUCUUACUGUGACCUGGAGAGUAUUUUUACUGUCUCAGCCAAGUGGUCCUGGUGUUUUAAUUGUAAAUGUGUAAGCAUACAGUGGCAGCCAGUUCAUCCUGUAACAAAGACUUGAAUGUUCAAGCUGUCCAACUUUAACAAAGGGGCUUAGUAAUAGUGUUAAGACCGUUUAACUAAAGCUGAGAGUUGACACCUUCAUGUUGUGAUCACGGCUUGUGGCAUUUCAACAAAAUCUAAAGAGCAUCUUUGACCUGAAAUGGUGCUGUCGUACUUAUUGAUCCAAUGUACACCUGGAUUUACACAGACUUAUCCGUUCCAUGCCAUGUUUUCGAGCAGACCAAGAAUCAAAUCCAGGUUUUCUGUGCAGCACAAAGAGGUGCGGUACCUCCUCCUGCUGUUGACUUCAUUUUGUAAACUUUUGUUCGUUGCUUUGGUUAGAUAUGAACUGGGAAAGGAACUGCCAGGUGUGCCGGUUUUCAUAGGUUACACUGUAGGUACACAAGCAAGCGGUUUGGGAGCUCCUGCAAGUUUUGCUUUCACUUUGAUUUUUCCAGCAUUCUUCUUUGUUGCAGAAACAGAUGCUCUGAAGACCUCCUGGGACCCUCUGAUUGACCCAUGACUGCACUGGAAAACAGACUUCCUGAUUUGAUUUAAGCUUUCAAGCAGCGAUCACCUCUUCACCAUGUGCUCUGCUGCAGACCCUUACAUCUUCUCCACCGACAUUCUGCCCAGUGACCUCCGCUUCCUCCCUCCACUGGCCAAUGGGCUUCUGGGGUGGAGGGUGUACAGCAGUAUCAUGCACAUGGGUGGUGUUUAUAACGGGGAGGGCGGAUGUUGUCACCGAGCAGAUGUCCCCUGUCCUCUGGCUGUUAAAGUUGAGACAGAGGAUCCUGCCCAGCACACCUAUAGUCUGGAUACCCACACAGGUAUCUUUAUGCACACUCUGCGCACAGCCAGUGUAACUGUGUCACAUUCUUUUUACUCACACCGAAACUACUCCAACAUAAUGGCGAUGGAGAUUUUGAUAGUGCGUCGGUUGACAUCAGAGGAUCUGAUCACUGUUAAGAUGGUCAGUUCGUUCACACCUCAGAGCAAAGACAUUGUUUUUGAGUCUGGUCCUGAUUACAAAGGAGGGAGGCACAUCCAAGGACAGACAACCACUGCUGAAUUCCCUGGGGGUUCCUGUCCUACAGUGCACCUCAUCUGGACCCCUGUACCACCGACUUUGACGCUGCUUCCACAACAGAGCCAGGCUCGCUGGAGCUUCAUUCUGGUUGUGGCCAAUAGUUUAGACUCUGCUGAGGCCAAUUUUGAUAAGGGCCUUAAUCUGAUGGCGAUGGAUGACCUCCGUCCAUCUCAUGAGAAGGCCUGGAAAGAGCUGUGGCUGCAGAGCAAGGUGGAGGUGGUAGGGUCAGAAACCCUCUGCAAGGCUGUGAUUGGCUGCCUGUUCUACCUCCUCAGUGCCUUCCCCUCCAUACAUGACACCUCCAGCUUGUUUGGUGGAGUCAGCCCAGGCGGUUUAUCUAAUGGUGGGGAUGGUCAGGACUACUGGGGCCACGUUUUCUGGGACCAGGACAUCUGGAUGUAUCCUGGGAUAGCCCUGUUCUACCCCAAGCUAGCCCAAGCUGUGCUAGAGUACAGGGUGGGGACUAUAGCUGGCGCAAAAUACAAUGCCCAAAGGCAGGGCUACAAGGGACUAAAGUUCCCAUGGGAGAGUGCUGUGUCAGGGAGAGAGGUGUGUCCCGAGGACAUUUAUGGACAACAAGAGAUUCACAUCAAUGGCGACGUUACCCUGGCCUUCCAACAUUACCUCUACCUCACUGAAGAUCUGACCUUGUUCACAGACGGACGGGGCUGUGAGGUGAUAUAUGGUGUGGCUGACUACUGGUUGUCUAGAGUAACAUGGAACCCUGAAGACCAGAAAUAUCACCUCCUGGGUGUCAUGCCACCUGAUGAGUAUUACCACAAUGUCAACAACUCUGUGUACACAAACGCAGUGGCCAAAUUCAGUCUCCAAUUUGCUGUCGAAUUGGCUGGCCUCCUCCAACAUCCUGCACCAAAAGAAUGGCAAGAAGUGGCCGAGCACAUCAAGAUACCUUUUGAUGAAGAAUCCCAGUACCACCCUGAAUAUGAUGGCUAUGUGAAAGGUCAGCCAGUGAAGCAGGCGGACACGGUGAUGUUGGGCUAUCCUCUUGGAUUCCCAAUGUCCCGAGAAGUCAGAGGAAAUGAUCUUGAAGCGUAUGAGCCAGUAACAGACCCUUACGGUCCAGCCAUGACAUGGGGAAUGUAUGCAAUUGGCUGGCUGGAGCUGGGGGAGGCUGAGCGAGCUCAGCAUUUACUAGAAAAGUCCUUUAGCAACAUCCAGGGACCGUUCCAGGUAUGGAGUGAAUCAUCUGAUGGCUCUGGUGCAGUCAACUUUCUCACGGGGAUGGGUGGAUUCCUGCAAGCUGUGCUGUUCGGUUAUACUGGGUUCAGAGUUCAAAAGGAAUGCCUGGCCUUUUCUCCACUUCUUCCCAAUGAUAUUUCUGAGCUCUCUGUUCAUGGUGUGAACUAUCUGGGCAGUCAGAUGGACUGGCUGCUGAGGAAAGAUGAAGUUUGUAUCAUACUGAGGGAAUGGAGAAGCAGGGCCGGAAACACUAAGCCCUGUGAUCUACAGGUUGUCCUGCGUGCAUCAGGAGCUAAAAUCCCUCUGACACCAGGUCAACCAGUAACUUUUCCUCGAGAGCCUGGCUGUGUUUGUAAAGUGGGUUCGACAUCUUCAUGCUGGCCUUUCUGAAACAGGAGUCUUGACCCUGAUCAUUCCAUGUACCCAGAAUUAAAAAUAUAUUGAGCAAGUUAUGUUAUAUAUAGGCGUAGUGGUUAGACCUGUCCAUUGUGUACCCGGCCUCUCAUCCAAUGUCAAAAGGGAUAGGCUCCAGCCCCCCUGCAACCCUCUUCAGUAUGAGCGGUAUAGACUAUGUAUGGAUGGAUGGAUUUUAUAUAUAAGAUAAUGUUAUGUUCUAUAUUAAUAUUCACUUAAGCGGCCAUGGACAAAUGUGAUUGAAUAAAGAAGAGCAACAUAACUAAGCAGCUAUAUCACACUGGAAGGUCACAGAUGAUUUUGUGUAAGUGGACUGUUUGUAUUGAUUUAAUUAAAAAAAUCAAAGAAAAUGUGUGAAUUCUCACCUUACUUACAGUAUUUGUGGACUGAAUAGCCAUUGUUUCUGGGUGAUAAGAAUGAGCCUGUUCCUCUCUUAAUUUUGCUAAAUGUCUGACAUACUUAUUUGGCUACUUUCAAGCUCACAGCACAGUGGCCUACAAAUUGCAUUGU